AUGUCGUUUCGGUUCGGUAUGCCGAUGGUCCAGCCGGACAGCCGUGGUCACCGCGAGCGCGAGGAGGAGAUCAUGGCUGCCCGGCAGAGACACGCGCGGCCCGGCAUCGUUGACGACACCUACCCGUACAGCAGCAACAGCAACUUCGACCAGCACAACUUGACCUCCCUGUCAGCCAUUAUGCCGACAAGAGUGGAGACUACCGGCAUGGCCUCGUCGGCCCCCGCGCCCAAUCGGCGGCAUGUGGUGACCCCGGACCCUGUGUCCUUCCGGUAUCUCGAACAAGACCCCUGCAUCAGUGUGGUCGACCGCCGCGCCAGCCUCGUCGGCUACGAGCUGUACCUCGUCGAGCAGUGGGUGUGUUCGCGCCAGUCGCCGACCAUUGUGAUUGCCACCUACACGGGCGACCCGAAUCAUGCCGUCGUCGUCGGCGUGCUCUCCAUCCCCGCGAACGAGAACGAGUGGUCGGCCCGCCUCAAGAUGUACUUCAAGACGAUGCAGCAGUACCACGCGCGGCCCAAGGACUCUCCGUUUGGCGAGAUUAUGGCCACGAACCUCAGCAGCUUCCCGUCGGCGCUGACCGUGAUUGCUGUUCGCGACGGCGACAUCCGCAGGCAUCGCCAGGACUUCAUUGUCAACGAGGACCUGAAGCGGCUGGGCUGCUCGGGCCGCUCCGGUCUGACACUCUCGGAACCGACGCGCGCCACGCAGGAAAAGUUCCAGUCGCUCUACAAGACCAGCGAGAAGAUUCCGUUUUCCGAGUCUGUCGUGGAGCUCAUCAAGCAGUGCCAGACGGCGCUUUUCAUCUUUGGCAUGCUCGAGUCGCAGUACAUUGACGGCCUGCUGUGUGACGUGACGGAGACGGCCGUGGGCGACUGGUGGACCGAGGUGGGCGCCGAGUACUACAAUGCAGAGCCGACCGACGGCAUCCUGGGCCCUACGACCGUGGCGGCGCUUCUGGGCAUGCUGAUGGGCGCGCGCAGCCGGCUGGCGUGGUAUGGUGCAUCCGUGUCCAAGGACGUCUUUGACGUGGACAAUAUGAAGAAGGGCAUCGGGUCCUUUCAAAAGGACCUGAAACUGGAGCGGACGCGGCGGCUGGACCACCAGACACUGCGGCGUCUGCACAGCGUCACGACCAAGGCAGCCGCGGGCGAGGGCGGCUGGGGCGUGCAAAAGGCAAUCAAGUCGACGGUCGAAGGGUUCGGCGGAAAACGCGGCGAGCUUGUGUUUGGCAUGGUGGGCGGCAAGGACAAGGGGAACAUUGGCGACAUCGAGACGCUGGACAUUGACAAGUUCAUCAGCCACAUCUACGGCGAGAGGCCCAAGUGGCUGUGGUUCGGCAAGCCACGCCGGUCACAGACGUCGACCCUGCCACUGGGUGGCUUGGCGGACCAUUUCCAAGACAGGGCACAAGGGACGGCUACAGCGACGCCUGCAUCAGCGGCCCCAGCGUCCGAGCUCAACAGAGAAGAGCCAGCAACCCCGGCGGCCAUUGGUAGCAGCCGACGAGCGCAGUCCGUCCCCCUGGACAGCGAGGAACCGCCCAUCGGCGAGGCUCUUACGACAAGUGCGACCACUGGUGCAACGACGGAACCUGCCGACGUAGCUCUCUUAAAAAAGGACACAAAGACGCCCGUUUAUUCGGCGGUCCCACCCGGGUCUGCUGUUAGUGUCUAUGACAGCCCGAACGAUCGAGACAGGGAAAAGUAUAGGGACGGCGACCGGGACCCGCGCAAGCGGACCGUUUUCAAAAGCGUCGCAGGCCGAGUGAACGAUGCAAGAUCAGGACUGGGACGCAUUCGCGACGCUGUCGGCGGUGGCUUGCGUGGCCAUGCAAGCAGGCCCUCACGCGACGAUGGCGGUGUGCUUGGCAGCGGGGGUGGUGUUCUCAGCCCCGACCCGUCCUCGGCGGCAUUGUCAAGUGCUGGCUCGUCCAUGGCCCCGGGUUCCGCGAUGGCCUAUCCAGGCAUUUCUGGCCUAGCACAGGCUUCGCUUAACAGCCCCGCGAUGGUGGGCCGUGCAUUUACGUGGAAGAACAAGCCGGAGGAGUAUCUCCGAAACAUUCAGAGGGAGCGCGAGAUGGGCGAAAAGCUGUUUCGCAACGCUGGCAUGCCCGGCACAAUACACAGCACCCAAGGACCGAAUCCUGACGCAGACGCCAUCGCAGCCGCCGCCACGGCGGCCUUCGAGACCCAGUUGGCAGCAAGACUUCCCGGGUAUUCCACGCAGGCCAACGGCCGUGCCAGCCAUCUGCGCAAGGACAUGGCCAUCUCCACAGCCAACACGUCAGUGGCGGGCAGCGUGGCGGGCGGCUCCGACCUGGAGGGCCCCAUUCUCGAGGCCGAACGCGAUGUGGGCCCGGGCGUCGUCGGCCUGCUCCGUCGACACAGUAUAGCGGGCGGCGAAUGCAGCCGAGACAUGCUGCAACAGCCACUCCAGCGAGAAGAACAGCAGCAACAGCUUCCACAAAAGCUGCCCUUUGAGGUCGUAUGGCCACGGCGGCUGUCAUUCAGCGCUGCCGAAGAGGCCGUGCUUGGCUGGGACGAGAUUGUCGACUUCCCCGAGGUCGGUGACGAGGACGAUGGGGACGGUGAAGACAGCAAAGACGGCCAAGACGACAAGAAUAGCGAAGAGGGUGGGCUUGGGAGCGUGGCCGGCGAGAGCCACGACCAGGCGAUCCUGCUCGCGGCGUCGUCCCGGUUCGUGACGGCCCAGACGCUGGAGCGGGGGCUCUACCAGGAUGUUCUGGCACUCAAGGACGUUGUGGGCCCCGUUGUCGUCGACCGCGUGCUGGCCCUCGAGUCGCUCGACGCCGUGUACGAGACGCAGAUCGAAGAGGUCCAGAGCGUCUUCUUCCAGCUGUCGGGCGCCUACGAGCACGUCCAGGCCAACAGCCAGGACCUCUUGGGGAUCGAGCGCGCGCAGACGACCGAAGCCGUGCGCGAGGUCGAGAUGCUCAUGGCCAAGGUCGAGUACGAGAUCGGGUCGCUGGCGUCCAAGGUGCAAGACGUCGAGGAAGGCGUGCGGCAGUUUACGCAGCAGGUCGAACACGUGGAACGGCGGGCCGAGGAGCUCAAGCGCCACCUGGAGACGGAGAGCUGGCUGCACUGGGCGGUGCGCAGCCUGACAGGUAUUGGCACAGGGCCCAACAUUGUCGAAGCCGGCCCCCGUCGGCAGUAG